AUGCUGUCCAAGUGUUCUGUUGGUACACGUUUCUCGAAUUCAUUGGUAGAGCGUGUAAAUAAACGUGCUAUUCUUGUCAAAUUACCUAAAACAAAUGGUUUCAAAGCAGUUAUCAGAAUACCUAAAACAGAGACAAAAAGCAAUGAAAAUUUCAAGUCAUUAGUUGUCGGAUCAAAAUUGACAUGCCGUAUAACUGAUCAUGAUUUUCUAGAGAACGUAGCUAUAGCUACAAUAAACAAGAAACUGUUGAGUGUACCGUUUUUGUCUCUUCAUGAAUUAAAACCUGGGAAUAAAGUAUCGGCCACUGUUAAACGUUAUUCAAAAACUGGCAUUGUUGUUCACCUAGAGGGUCGGAUUCACGGACUAAUACCUUAUCUACACACAACUGAUGUUAAUCUCAAAGAUCAUAAAGAGAAAUUUAAAGCAGGCGAAAAAAUUUCUUGUUUAGUUUUACAACUUGACGAAUGUGCCAAUAAAUUGAUUUUAACCGCAAAACCAGGUUUAAUAAAUGCUGAACUUCCAAUAUUUGGCAGUCAGGAAAUGUAUUCUGCACUGGAAAAGGCCAAUAAUGACCAACUAUUGAUUAUAGGGUUUAUUGUUAAGGUCAGUGAAAAAGGUUUACUUAUCUCUGGUUUGGAUAAUAUUCGUGGAUGGAUACCUAGACGUGAGACUGGACUAGCUGAUGAAGAUAUUUUGCAGACAAACUUUUAUCGUGGACAAGUACUGAAAAUGAAAUUUAAACGUGAAAUUAACAUCUCAUCAGAAGAUAAAAUAGAUGAUAAUCAGAGGACUCGUUCAAAGUAUAUGCUUUCCUUAAAGUUUCAUUCUAAGAAAACUAAAAACACACAGUCGAUAUUCUUGAACUCUGUGCAAAUUGGUCAGCUUUUCAGGGCUACUGUAAAUCGGGUACAAGACACUGGAAUUUCUAUUAACCUUUACGACAAUGAAAAGAACAGUAAUACUGACACUCCUGUACUCGGUACAGGAUUUCUGUCAUUUGAUCAAUUAUCUGAUUAUGAAUCAAAUCAACAACUUUUAAGUCGAUAUAUUAAAAAUAUAAAAUCUGGCUCUUCGCUUGAUUGGAAUCACUUUGCUCGUGAUGUUGUCGUUAUUGAUAAAGGGAAGCAAACUGUUAUUUUAUCUGCUAGACCAACAUUAAUUCAAGCAGCUAGUGAUUUGAAUACAAAUAUUAGUACUGAUGUUAAUAAGGCCGAUUCAGAAGUAUCUACUAAAAGGCCUGGUUUCCUAAGAACGUUUGAUGAAUUACAAGUUGGUAGUCAGUGGUUUGCUUGGGUGUCACAUCACAAGGACUACGGUGUAUUUGUUCACUUUCCCGCUGGGAUUUAUGGUUUGGCACCGAAGCAUCUUUUAUCUGACUGUCGCGUUCCGUCUAAUACUAACUGGACUGAAUUGUUUCCAGUUGGUGCUACUGUUAUUGCCAAGAUUGUUGAAGUGACUCCUGAAAAACGUCAUUGUUUGAUAAGCUUGAAAAUGUUUGAUAUAUACACUGCUAAAGAAAAUUAUGUUAAUGAGGCAAUACAUUCACUAAAAUAUUAUUUAACUGAAAGAGAAUGGAUCUCACAGAAACACGAGCUCUUAGGUUCGUUUCGUAUUGGAGAUCAUGUUGAUUUCAAAGUUGAAACAUUGGAAAAUUCUGUAAUUUUUGGUAAGGCAAGUAAACUAUCAGAGAAAAAUCCCACUAAACAACACGCAUGGGUACCAGCUUUGGUGUAUGUGGCGAAUUCAAAAAAUACAGACUGUGUAAUUUCUCAAACAUACUCAGGUAUUGUAUGUUUUGUUGAUCAUGAACAAUCACGACUAGAAAUUGUCCUAUCCACUUGGUUGGUAAACAGUAUGAUGACAAGAAAAGAGAAUGUUUCUAGUUGUUUAAAACGAAAUCAACAAGUAUCGUCUAUUGUACUGGCAUAUCGGAAUCGUGACGUAGUCGUUCUUGGUUUACGUGGUCAUGCAACUGGAUUAUUAGGUGUUGUACCAGCAAGACGUACAUUUAAUGAUGUAGUGGGUGGAAAUGCUUGGGUUGUUGGCCAACGAAAUAAAAUAACUUUUCGACAGUAA